AUGAGAGGAUUUACAUUGGUAGACUUUAUCUGAAGGAAAUGAAAGAUAGCAGGGCAUCAGGCAUUGCUUUCAAUUUUUUCAUUUUUCUCAGUUGUCUGGAAACUUAAAGAUAAGCUUAAUGAAAGGAGAUUUUUCUCUUACACCAGAACCAGCCCCUCCAAAAUCACUGUUUGCUGUCAACAAGACUCAGACCUCUGUGACUCUGCUGUGGGUGGAAGAAGGAGUGGCUGAUUUCUUUGAAGUCUACUGCCAGCAGGCUGGAUCCGGCCAGGAAACAAAAGCCCAGGAACCUGUCACUGUCUCCUCACACGUUGUGACCAUUUCCAGCCUGACCCCUGCCACUUCCUACAACUGCAGCGUGACCACCUUCAGCCACAACAGCCCCAGCAUCCCCACCUUCAUUGCAGUUUCCACCAUGGUCACUGAGAUGAACCCCAAUGUCGUGGUAAUCUCUGUGCUGGCCAUCCUCAGCAUCCUCCUGAUUGGGCUGCUGCUGGUCACUCUUGUUGUCCUCAGGAGGAAACACCUACAAAUGGCCAGGGAGUGUGGGGCUGGGACCUUUGUGAAUUUUGCAUCUUUGGAGAGAGAUGGAAAACUCCCCUAUAACUGGCGUAGAAGUGUAUUUGCUUUCCUAACUCUGCUACCCUCAUGCCUUUGGACUGAUUAUCUUUUGGCAUUUUAUGUUAAUCCUUGGAGUAAAAAUGGAUUAAAGAAGAGAAAGCUGACCAACCCAGUCCAGCUGGACGAUUUUGAUGGCUACAUCAAGGAUAUGGCCAAAGACUCAGAUUAUAAAUUUUCUCUGCAAUUUGAGGAGCUAAAACUGAUUGGGCUGGACAUCCCCCACUUUGCUGCUGAUCUCCCCAUGAAUCGCUGCAAGAAUCGCUACACAAACAUCCUGCCGUAUGAUUUCAGUCGUGUCCGCUUAGUGUCAAUGAAUGAAGAGGAGGGCUCUGACUACAUUAAUGCCAACUACAUCCCUGGCUAUAAUUCACCCCAGGAAUACAUUGCAACCCAAGGACCACUGCCAGAAACUAGGAAUGAUUUUUGGAAGAUGGUUCUCCAGCAAAAAUCACAAAUUAUUGUUAUGCUCACUCAGUGCAAUGAGAAAAGACGGGUGAAAUGUGACCACUACUGGCCUUUCACAGAAGAUCCUGUUGCUUAUGGGGAUAUCACAGUGGAGAUGCUGAGCGAGGAGGAGCACACGGACUGGGUGUAUCGCAGCUUCCGAAUCAGCUACGCUGAUGAGGUGCAGGAUGUGAUGCAUUUUAACUUCACUGCCUGGCCAGACCACGGCGUGCCCACCACCAACGCUGCUGAGAGCAUCCUGCAGUUUGUACAGAUGGUCAGGCAGAAAUCAGCCAAGACUAAAGGCCCCAUGGUCAUACACUGCAGCGCUGGCGUGGGGCGGACGGGAACGUUCAUCGCCCUGGACCGGCUCCUGCAGCACAUCCGUGACCACGAAUUCGUGGAUAUUUUGGGCUUGGUGUCAGAUAUGAGGUCCUACAGAAUGUCCAUGGUGCAGACAGAGGAGCAGUACAUUUUUAUUCACCAGUGUGUGCAGCUGAUGUGGCAAAAGAAGAAGCAGCAGUUCUGCAUCAGUGAUGUCAUAUAUGAGAAUGUCAGCAAGUCCUAGUUCAGAGUCACAGGUGGUGAGACCACGAAGCACACCCAUCUUCCCUUGCUUCUGAUUUAUUUUCUGUUGAUGGUUUGAAGGGGCAGGUGUUGUGCCACAAGAGACCACUGCUCUGCAGUGCAUGGACAAUGAGGGAAAGAAACUUUUACCUUUCUGAAGCACUGGGGAGACAAAGCCUUAACGAGCCUGCGGUGUCUUUUGAACUGUUUAAUUUCUGGACUUUUUUUUAAAUACUGGACCAAAUUCAGCUAAACAACAUGAAGGAAAAGACACUAUAUGUGCAUAAGACAGAUUGCUCCAGAGUGUUGGGGUUUUGUUUGGUACUUUUGGUUAAUUUCUUUCAUAUUUUUUUUUUUUCUGUGCAGGUUGGGCUUAAGGUUAAAGUAAGUGCAAUAUUUUUUUAAUGGUUGACUGGAGAGCUUUCUUCAUGUGUCACUGGUCUGUCCCUAGGAGAGCAGGCAUUGUUAGUAUCUAAUAAUACCUCAUUAGAGAAUAGCGAGGCAUGAACAUACAUGAAGAAACCUGGAGAUUGUGGAAGGGG